AUGUCAAGGUGCUAUAAGGCCAGGCGCAUCCCUGCUGGCCGGUCAUUCCACGCGAAGAAAUUCGAUCGACUCGUGCCGGACGCCGAACAGAAAAUACCGGUCUUCUUCGAGCAUCAUCUGGGUCUGGAUCAGCGAUCGCGAUCGACGAUGACGAGGUACAGCCUGCUCGUGUGCGCGUGUGCGUUCCUGCUCGGCGUCCAGGCGAUCGGCAGGUACCAGGGCCUGGAGUUUUUGGAACCUUGCUCCAGAAGGGAUCGUAACAUCGAGAGUUGCCUAGCGAGGUCCGCCAACGCCCUCACCGAACAUUUCCGUCACGGUUUGCCACAGUUAGGCUAUCCAGAAGUGGAACCGAUCAUCCUGGACGAGCUGCACAUAGCUCUGGGCGGAGGGCCCGAUGGUUACAGGGCCCAAUUCAAGGACGUUGCCGCGAAAGGAGUCUCGUCUUUAAGAGUGACCGGGCUGAGGGCCAGGUUAUCCGAGGAUGAGGUGCAAUUGCAACUGGCCCUGAGCAUUCCUAAAAUAAGAGCUGCGGCCAAGUACAGGUCGAGCGGGACUCUGAUCCUCGUGAAAGCCAGCGGUGCUGGGGACUAUUGGGGCGAAUACGAGGGCGUCAAGGCCAAAGUUUUUAUCAGAGCGAAGCCGUUUCUGAUACAGGGUCGUCGUUACUUGAGAUUGCAACAGCUCAAGAUGGACUUCAGCGUGCAAAACAUCAGAAUGGGAGUCGAAAACGUUCGCGACAGCAACGCUAUAAUACUUGCCGCGCUGAACCUGUUCAUAAAUACCAAUAGUCAGGAAUUGCUGAAGGAAAUGAAACCGGAUCUUAGGCGGAAAUUGGUCCAAGUCAUGACAACCUUCGUCGAGAAGAUCUUUGCUCAAGUACCAUACGACGCCUGGAUAAUGGAUUAAAUUAACCAGAGUGGCGUCUAAUACGUUAAUGGUUUUACAUUGUUUCAUUCUCAUCGGUUAAACAUUUGCCUCGACGCGGAACACGAAAGGAUAAAGGGUUUAAAUAAUAAGAGUUCGCCGCCAUUUUUCUUUUGUUUUAAAAUUAGAUUAAACUGGAUAA